ACCAAGUGACAAAAUUAAUGCUGCUGCAAAAAUCAUGGAACAAAAUCGCAUUCACCUCAAACUUGAUGCUUCAGCUGCUGCUUCUGUCGAUGCCUACUGGGAAUAUAAAAAAAUUGUUGGUGAAGAUGAUGGAGGUCGCUUAUUCACACCAGAAGAAUAUGAAAACUAUAAAAAGAAAAUCCUUCCACAAAGAUUGAAAAACAGGCUAUUUGUCAGCUGGACAAAUCCUGACGGACUUGAUUGUAAACUGGUUGGACCUGAAACCCCUUGUUUCUGUACGCAUAGUUUGACAUUAGAUGUUGCAUCUUUAGUUUUGUUUCAACUGGUCGGAUAUUCGUACCUGUUGAAUCAAGGUCUUUAUCCACAAACGAUUAAACAUUUUCAUUUUUGCAACCUGCAGAUGAUUAUUGAGACAAAAGAGGAGCGCCAAGCACGAGGACAUCCUGUUGGUGAAGAUGUGCCUUAUGCAGCCAUGGGUGGCAUUACUGGCUUUAGCUCACUGAUGGAAGGGUACAUGAGACUAGACGACAGUGGUAUUGGACCUCCACCUAAAGAGUUUCUUGAACAACCUAUAGGCCCACAUGACCAUGCAUUCCUGAAGGCACAUGCAAAUAUGGCAGAACUGUCAUUAGAAGACAGAAAGGAUGGAGCUAUGGCUGGGAUGACUCAAGAGGAACGAGAUAUGGCAUGGUUUGAAAAACGAUAUCAAGAAAGGAGAAAAGCUGAAAGGGAGUGGUCAAGAGUGAAACAUAUUCCACCCAAAAAGCUCACAGCAAGUGGAGGCAGUCCUAGCACAUCUAGAAGCCCUGGUGCUUCUCCAAGAGGAUCUGCUAGCAGAACGAGAGAGCCUGGAGCUCAAAGAGGAAGACCUUGACCUAAACCUUAACCAUUGGACAACUACUGGCGAUUCUCCAAGGGAACCUGCUAGCAGAAAGAGAGCCUGGUGCUCAAAGGGGAAGGCCUUGCAUUCAAUGAACAGUGUGAGAACUUCCAGUAGACAACCAACUGCAACCUUUGAGGACAAUUGAAAAAAUCCAAUAUUUGGUUUGCUAGGGAAAACCAGUACAGAGCCAGGCUACAAUCGAUGUGAAAGCUUGGAAAUGGAAUUUAGAAGAAUAUUUUUAGGCAUUUUAAAUAUUUUGAGGAAGAAGUAUUUAAAUGAAUAUUUGGCUUAAAAAAAGAAUAACUAAAUAAUUGUGACUUCAGAUGUCUAGCCCUCUUAUGGCAGUAUUGGCCAUUUAGUACUUCAUGUAAGACUACAUGAUAUGGGACUAUUGGAUUAUUAAUUAUUGAUUAUAAUGUCCUGAAACCCUAAUCCAAACCAAAUAUUAAAAAAAACAAAAACAAAACAAACCAAAAAAAAAGAAAACAACAAAAAAACAAACAAAACAAACCAAAAAAAAAAAAACAACAAAAAAACAAAACAAAAAAAACAUAGCGUGGACACGGUCAUGCCAAUGUCACGGAACUGCCAGAUCAAUCACAUUGGGCGAGAAAAAAUCCCCCACUCAAAAUUCUAGAAAAAAUCACGGUCACGGGAAGCGUACGAAAACGAACGAACGAACGCUACUGUAUUUGACUAAUUGAAAAAAAGAUGUGUGAAUUACGCCAAAGGAGAAAUUUCGAUAUGAAAACAAAUACGUAGGUAUGCGUUCAUCAGCAUAAUCUUUAUUUAUUAAYUAAUAAUAUCUUUGUUUUAUAUAAACAACAACAAAAUAAAU